CCGUCCACGCUGUACCCCUGAGUUAUGCCUUUCUUGACUUCGCCCGUCUCCGCCACCCAUUGUUUUCCAUGUCUUAUCUUAUCGAUGUCCGAAACAUUGAGAGUUUACAAGGGAUCCAUGAGGCAUUCAAGUCUAUCCUCCAGCACAGUGGUUUUGCUGCGAAAAUUCAAGAAGCCUCUGCCCAAGGAUCUCAUGCAACGCCCGACGUGACGCCGUCCCCCGCCCCACACCGUGAAGCCUGCUCACCAUCGCGAUCGACCGUAUCGUCUCUCGUCCCAGGCCACGAAAUCGAAAUUUACCAAAAAACUCUGCUGGCCAUCGACCAGAUUUUCGACCGGAGUGGCUUGCCUGUACACGAGGGCAAUGCGGAAGAAGCGCUUUUAACGCCAGGAGACACGCCAUCGCCUGUCCCGUGCCAUGACGUAAGGCAACAAUCCUAUGAUGGGCAAGAGCAGAGUUCCGCGCUCGACAAUCAUCCUCAACGCCUGGACGAUACGUACCCGUCGACGUCGCUACUCAACACCGAACUUGGAAUACCGCCCAGGGACAUCAACCCGCUGAAACGUCGACGUGCUGACUUUGAAGAUGAAACUGAGGAUGACUUACGAUCCCUGUUCGAAGAUGAUACAUCGGAACCCUCGCAGCUGGACGAUGUCUCCACAGAUUCCUCCACCUCGUCAACUUCAUCCAGUGAUUCCGGAGGUGCACCUACUGAGACGGAGAACUCCGAACAACAUGACUCCGGAAGCACAGCUCAGACGGAGAAUUCCAAGCCGAAUUAUGUCGAUCCGGCAACCCAGACGAAACAGACAAAAACAAGGACAACUGGGAAAAACCAGAGGAAGCCUGGGCCAGCACCGACUUUUGGGGAGCCGGAAUUCACCCGGCUCAAACGAGACCUCAGGAUCCUGCUACAACCUAAUGAUGCCCAGGACUUCCAAAACACCCAAUCUAUCUUGCGAUGCCUAAGAGGCAGGAGGCUGCAACCACAGAAAAUUCAACCCUCGGAUUCAGCCUACGUUUCACUGCGAAACUGCCUUGAGGUUUAUGAGAGCAAAGUUGGAGAGGCGUCCGAUGUUAAGUUAUUCUACAACCUGAUGCAUAGGGUUAAUUUGGUGCAGCUAGCUGCCGAAGAUGAGAGGUUGGCCGAAUCUCUGUCCAUUGGAGGACGCUCCGGGGCAGUAGAUUUUUUGGUCGACAAGCUCUGGGAAACUGAUGCUCAAGCUCUACGCCAUGACGAUUCAAAGAGGAAGAAGGUGCACAACUGGAACCGGAGCGGGAGGCCACUACUCGCAUUGGUCCGGGAGUAUGGAUACGGUGCGCUGAUCGCCCCUGGAUUACGCCUUGGAAAAAAAAGGAUGUCUCGUGCAAGGACUACGGCGUUCUCGUUAGAUACGUCGGGAAGUGCAACCCAUGUUUAAAAGCGGAGUUGACUAAUUUGUCACGUGUCCUUGAAGAAGCGAUGUUACGCCAAACCCUGCCAUCCCGUUGGCUGGAGAUCGAGCGGAUUGAUGGCCUGCCCAAUAAUGGAGACUUCUCUCUUUCUCGAUGGGUUCGGUUGAGUGAACUUCCUCUGGAACCCACGUCGGUUAGUUCACAAACAAUUUGGCUGCCUAAUGACG